AUGUCUUCUACUGAUCUGGAAACAUUACCAAAUGAAUUGCAGAUUAUCAUAAUGAAAUAUCUCUCUAUUGGUGAUCGUUAUUUGUCACUUUUUGGAUUAAAUUCUCGUUAUGAUGAACUAUUGGGAUGCACCAUUCCAUCGAAAAUUAACGAAAAAUACUUGGAAUCGGAUAUUAACGAUGUUAGCAGAUAUUCACAUAAAAAAAUCAAACCUGACUGGAAUCCAACAAAACUAUUUUAUUUAAUUCCUACUUUCGCCCAUCGCACAACUCUCGGAUGGCUAGACGAUGGUAUAUUACAACUACAAUGGAAAUUUAUCAGUGAAAAAAAUUUUCCACGUUAUAUACAACAGCAACAAAAUGUAGAUCCUCGACUAUUUGAAAUCAGCUCAAAAUAUCCAGUUCAAUUAAACUCACUAUUUUUUCGUUCGUAUGAUUUCCAUUGGAAAACUCGUGAUAUGUUAAACUUUCCAGUAUUUCUUGUAUGGAUCUACGAAAAUUAUUCGAAACAAUGUACUAUGUUACAACAAUAUUGUGAACAAAUGAUGAAUCAAUCAUAUUAUUACAAUAAUCAUAAUGAACCACGUCGUCGAACUUUCGUUCAAAUUCAGAACUUCGAAGUUAAACGACAAACACCGAUAAUCUAUCAACAAGCUCAAAAGAUUUGGACCGAACUAAAAACGUUGGGAGAUUUUAAUUAUUCUGUACUCUAA